AUCCAUCGUCGUUUUAAGAGAUACGGCACUUGGUCCUAUCCAGGGGUGGCAACGAUAGAAUGCUAUUGUUUUGAAUCAGGUUUCUGAUACUUUCUAUCGUUUUCUAUCGGUCUUUUUAAUCAGGGAUACUUUAUUUUUCUUGCUAAAACUUUGGUUUUGAUUGCGUUUUAAUUUCAAAAUUAAAAUUAGAAAUUAUGUAACAUAUACACUACUAAAAAAAAAAAAAAAAAAAAAAUUAGGGAACACUUUAUUCCAGAAACCAAAAAUUAUACUAUUUUCAAAUAGCUGUAUCUCAGUGAAAAAUUAUCGUGUAGACAAACAAGUGCCACAAAAAAAGAAUUUACGAACGUUUCAUAAAAUAUAUUUUAUUAAAAAAACUGUUUAAAUAAUUUUUGUUAAUAGACUGUGUAACAAUGGCGUUAAAACCACAAGUAAAUAAGGAACUUGAAGAAAAAUCGAAAUUCAAUAGAUCAAUAGUAUGGCGUAAUGUAAUUAUUUUAUCGUUGCUACAUCUUGGUGCCCUGGCUGGACUUUACCUCUCAUUUACAUCGGUGAAAUAUAUGACUAUUCUUUUCGCAAUUUUUUUAUACGAAUUUAGUCUUUUGGGAAUCUCAGUUGGGGCUCAUCGACUUUGGUCCCAUCGAUCCUACAAAGCCAAGUGGCCUCUCCAAUUGCUGCUAGCAUUCAUGAACACUGUAGCUUUUCAAGUAGGUGUGUUCAAUGAGUUACAUUUCGUCAAUAAUGGCAACGAUUUAAAAAGUUACUUUUAUCGUUACUUUAUUCAGGAUUCCGUGAUUGUAUGGGCCAAGGACCAUAGGGUACACCAUAAAUUUAGUGAUACUGACGCCGACCCACAUAACCCCAACGUCGGAUUUUUUUUUUCCCAUAUAGGCUGGCUGCUUUGCAAAAAACAUCCCGACGUCACAAAAAAAGAUAAAACCAUUGAUAUUUCUGAUCUGGAGAGCAAUGCAAUACUAGCUUUUCAAAAAAAAUAUUAUACGAUAUUGGUGAUAUUGCUCUGCUUUGUUUUGCCAACCGUUAUCCCGGUCGUAUUUUGGAAAGAAAAAUGGCUAAACGCCUACUUAAUCCCCGGCGUUCUUCGUCAUAUUUUGCUACUAAAUGUAGCUUUAAUGAUUAACUCAAUAGGCCACAGAUAUGGUUAUAAACCAUAUGACAAAUACAUAAACGCAUCAGACAAUAUAAUGUUUUUUAUAUUGUCCUCGGGAGAAGGGUGGCACAAUUACCACCAUGUCUUCCAUCAGGAUUAUAGAGCUAUCGAAUUAAAAAAUCCGAUUAAUUUAAUAAAAAUGUUUAUCGAUUUUUUUACAAAAAUUGGUUGGGCAUACGAUUUAAAGUAUGCAUCAGAUGAAACGGUAAAAAAACGUAUGAAGAGAACGGGUGAACAGUAUAAUUAUAAUUAAAUCAAUAAAAUAAUUUUUGGUUUACAGUUUUUCUUAGUUCUUUUUUCAUAUGCAAUUUUAAGAUAUUAUAAGAUUUUUUGUAAAAGUUAAUUUAUAAUUUAAUAAUUCGAAUUUUCUUUGAGAUAUUAUAAAAUUAAUUGUCAAAUUGUGAAUUAUGCUAUUUUUUUAUUCAAAUAUGAAUUAAUUUUAAGUCAAAGUAUGGUAUUAUACAUUUACUGUAAAAAAGUUGAUAUGAUAAUAUACGAAGGAAAAAGAAAUAUUUAACCUUGAAAAUAGACUAUCCAAUUAAAUGGAUGGAAAUCCAGACUAUCCAAUUAAAUGGAUGGAAAUCCAGAAUUGUGUAAUUUAUAAGAGUUAUGGUUAUUUUAUGCACAAGUUAUAACAAUAUUUUUGAAAAUGAAGGUUACAUAUUUCUAUAACAUUUCAAGUAACUAAAUAUGAAAUUACAAACUUGUGUUACGUCCACAACGUAACGAUUCUUUUCUUUUGACGACGGAUACACUAUGCGACGGAGGCCGAGCAACGAUGCCCCACUUAAUCUCACUUCGAUUUCCGGGAAUACAGUAAGACAUAAAUACGCCACUGAGGGAAGUGAGAAAUAUCACAAAAAUCAAAACAUCAUAAAUUAUAAAAGAAAUGUCGCAAAUCAAAGCACCAUAAAUUAAAAAGAAGUGUCAAAUAACAACAUCAUCGUCAUAUUAGCCGGACGAAUAAACUCGCUGACACAAAAAAUAAUUUAUGGGAGCUCUUCGAGGUAACACGUUGCUCGACCCCGGAAACGUAUAAAACUCCAUCGAUAAACAUAAAAAUCAGGAAGCCGAAAGGCACAAGUAUACAUCACUUUCGGCUUCCAGAAACUUAGCGCCCAUAGAACACUAAAUCAAAAUCUGUCACAAUUUUUAGUGAUUAGAUGACGGGUCACGCACGUUCUCAUAACAAUAAUUACCGAGAAAGAAGUGACGAGACCCGUUGAAUGGACGGCGUAACUCGAUGCCGGACACGCGUCUCGUAGGCAAAGGGUUAGGCCGUGCGUAGGCGUUUAGACAACAAAAUUGGUGCACACGGCCCUCUUAGAACAAAAGAAGCAAUAGUAUAAAAUAGAGAAUUUUCCAGCGGAGCGAUCACUACCAUCCCGAUCCUACUCGUCGCAUAGUCCGUAGCAUCCUGAAUGCUCGAGUCUGUGCGGUCGAACCUCAUUAAAACUUAGUCGUUUGUGGCAAUAAGUUCUCCUAGUACAAAGUGCCGAACUCAAAAACUUGGUGAAAUUUCAUAACUAAUUCUCUCGCGAGUGAGAACAUCAUCUUACACCUGGAACCGUGCUCGCCGUCCACCACCGUAGACUGUCGCGGAUCCACGCAGUCACUGUGACCAGAUCUCUUACGGGUCCGGACCACUACACGAGUUCCACUACAGAGGUGGCUCAAGGAUUUUCCGAACAUGAGAAAUUCGCGCUCCCGUCCAGAGCCACUUGCCGGGGUUCGAUACUUCUUUGACGCCACUUACGAGGACUUCUCUCGGACUACUCAGGAACCCGAACAACCCCCGCGAUAUUUUCAACCCCCUUCACCCACUC